UAUCCUCCCGGUCCACAAUGCUGAAGCAUGGUUGGACGAGUGCUUGAGGUCUGUUCUGCAACAGGACUUUGAAGGCUCCAUGGAGCUCUCAGUCUUUAAUGAUGCCAGUAAGGACAAGUCUAUGACUAUCAUUGAAGAGUGGAAAAUGAAGCUAGAAGAUUCCGGUAUCCUUGUGGUCAUUGGAGGGCAUGAUUCUCCUUCCCCCAGAGGAGUCGGAUAUUCUAAAAAUCAAGCAAUAGCACAGAGCUCAGGAUCUUACCUUUGCUUUUUGGAUUCAGACGACGUGAUGAUGCCGCAGAGGGUGAGGCUGCAACAUGAAGCUGCUGUUCGGCACCCGACGAGUAUUAUAGGCUGCCAGGUGAGGAGAGAGCCCCCCCACUCCACCGAGCGAUACACACGUUGGAUCAACCAGCUCACGUCCGACCAGCUUCUCACCCAGGUGUUUACCUCCAAUGGCCCCACUGUCGUCAUGCCCACCUGGUUCUGCUCUCGAGUGUGGUUUUCCCACGUGGGCCCGUUUGAUGAGGGCGGGCAGGGUGUGCCCGAGGACCUGCUGUUCUUCUACAACCACCUCAGGAAGGGCGGCGGGGUCGUCCGGGUGGACCAGAGCCUCCUCCUCUACCGCUACCACCCGAACGCGGCAACCCACUCCAUCCUCGAGACCACCAUCUGGACCCACCGUGUCCGCUUUCUAGAAGAACGGGCCCUGCCACACUGGGCGUCCUUCACCAUCUGGAACGCGGGCAGGCAGGGUCGCCGGCUCUACCGCAGCCUCACGGCAGGGUCACGGUGCAAGGUGGUCGCCUUCUGUGACGUGGACGAGAACAAGAUCAAGAAGGGCUUCUACUGCUACGAGGACUCUCAGGAAAGGCCCAAGCCCCGGGUUCCGAUCCUGCACUUCCGAGCCGCGCGGCCGCCCUUUGUCAUCUGCGUGAAGCUGGACCUCACAGGGGGUGCGUUUGAGGACAAUCUGAGGUCGCUGCACCUGCAGGAGGGCCGGGACUUCCUUCACUUCAGCUGACGGACCCAUAGCAGCUGCUUCCAGGUACGUACGAGGCACCCAGCAGCCACAGCCCAGAAUGUGGGACUGUCCU